ACCGGUUUAAGUUUGCAAUUUAGACAAUCCUCCCAAGCGUUAGAGGUUGGCCUCGGGAGCUGAUCUGCAAGGAACGCAGCAGUCUUUUGUGGGAGAUCAGCCGGUCUUAACCAUGGACAGCGAAAAAGGGAACGCUCCAGAGGAGGUCAUGCAGGAGGUGUCAGAGGAGCAUCUGACUGAACUUAAAAAAGAGAGAGCGCAUGAGGGAGGGCCUGAGGAGCUGAUCGACCAUGAGGAAGAGGAAAAGGAGCGCGUGACAAGCGAUGAGCUGGUGGAGAAGCUGACUGGUCUACCCAAAAGGAGAGACGACAGGCUUAAUGCAGAAGAAGAGGGCAGCAGUGAAGAAUUAGUGAUAGAAGAUGAGAGAGAGGAAGAACACAGAAACGACAAUGAGGUUUUGGGGGGAAAAGAAGGAACACAAGGUUUAACGGUAUCCCUGGUGGGCGAUGUCCCCUCAGAACAGGUUUCAUUGGAUUCAGAAGUAAGAGAUUUGGCAACACAGGGUGCAGAAAAGAAGGCUGCUGAUGAGGAGAGCGGCAGUGAGGAGGUUGUGGAGGCUGGAAGCAUCGGGAGCAGGGAAGAUGAAGGUCUCCCUGCCCUGGGAAUUGAGGAAAUAAGGCAGAAAUAUGGUGACUUAUGUCAGAACAAUACAACCUUCCAGGAGAUGAUGUUGAGCCUCAAAGCUGGCUGGCUAGGGGAGCACAAGGAAGGAGAGCCUUCGUUGGGAAGCUCAGAGCGCCUGCAGCUGAACCGGAUGAUGUGGGGAGGAGACGAAGUCAGUUUCUCCAGAAGCGAAGGUCAGGCAGGUGCCUCUGAGAGUGGCCUGUUGGAAAAUAGAGGGCCGAUUUCCAUUCCUUUUGGAGGAGGCUUCUUUGAUUUCAGCGAGUUCGCAGUCCAGCAAAGUUUUCUCCAAAAAAAAAGCCAAGAUAUCUCAAAGAACUUUGGGACGAGUCUGAGCCAGGGCUCUCAACUUGGGGGGCCAGAGAAAACCCCAACAGUUGACAAACCUUAUCAGUGUAAUGAAUGUGGAAAGUGCUUUGGGAAGCGGUCAACCCUGAAUACGCAUGUGAGAACCCACACAGGAGAGAAACCGUACAAGUGCUCCCAUUGCGAUAAGAGAUUCUGCCAGAACUCCCACCUUCAGCUGCAUGAGAGGACCCAUACUGGCGAGAAGCCCUACAAGUGCCUCUUGUGUGAGAAGAGUUACAACCAGCGUUCAAGCCUCAUCAUCCACGAGCGUAGCCACACAGGUGAGAAGCCAUACACUUGCACAGAGUGUGGGAAGAGCUUCAGCCAGAAAGCCACGCUUGUCCUGCAUGAGAAGAGCCAUCGAGGAGAGAGACCCUACAAAUGCCUCGAGUGUGGGAAAGGGUUCAGUUUGAGUGCGGACCUCAUAAGGCACCAGAGCAUCCACACAGGAGAGAAGCCAUACACUUGCUCCGAGUGUGGGAGAAGCUUCAGCCAGAACUCCCACCUCAUGGCGCAUAUCCGGACCCACACAGGCGAGAAGCCGCAUAAAUGUCUAGAGUGUGGGAAGGGUUUUAAUUGGAGCUCGGAGCUGAUCGCCCAUGAGCGGAUUCAUACGGGUGAGAAACCGUACCAGUGUAUGUACUGCGAGAAGAGCUUCACCGUUCGAUCUAGUCUUAGCAAGCAUGAACGAACCCACACGGGAGAAAAACCAUACAUUUGCCUCCAGUGUGGAAAGGGCUUUAUCCAAAGGUCCAGCCUGGUAGCGCAUGAGAGGUCCCACACAGGUGAGAGACCUUAUAUGUGUUUGGAUUGUGGGAAAUGCUACCGGGAGAGUUCCCAGCUCAUUGCUCAUGAGCGAACGCACACCAGUGAAAAGCCAUAUGUGUGCCCAGAGUGCGGGAGCUGCUUCAAGGCUAAGGCUGCCUUGUUUCGCCAUCAACGAAGCCACUUGGGUGUAAACUCUUUUAUAUGUGCUGACUGUGGGAAGAUUUUCUCAUCAAGUGCAGAGAAUCCAGAAAAGUGUCCCGAGUGUGUGAAUCUGAGCCUUAUGUCGGACCUCUCACAGGCAUCUGAAGAGACCUAUACGGAGUCAAUGGAGGAAGAGAAUGAUGGAGUUAAAAUGUGAAAAAGCCCUCCCUCUCCACCAAAGCUCGUGUCUACUUACAAAUGAGAGAAUAGCAUAAAGGAAGUGAGGCCCGGCUGACAUCAGACUUCUUUGGUUGAUACGGAAACAGCAGCUAGGACUGUCUAGUCAUCAACAACUUUUGAGGAGGCAACGAGGAUGGUGGGACAGUUCCCCCUCCCCUUACCAUUGGUCACUUCCUCCUUACAUUCUCCAUUCCCUCCUCCCAUUUCCUAUCCCUCUGGAUCUCUUUCUUAUCCCUCCUCCAUGUUGGUUUUCAGCAGAGGAGGGGAGAAGGGGGAGGCUGUGGUAGUUGCAUAGCAACAGCACUGUGUGAUUAGUGCUUCCUCCAUCCUUGCCAAAAAAGAAAAGUGGUUUCAGACCCCCCAGGAGGGGAGAAGGGUGUACUUGGAAGAAAUGAGGUUAGUGAAACAAGGCCUGUCAGGGUUAUGAGGCCGGUUGUAUCACCACCCCUGCCUGAAAUAUGUUUUUGCAUUGUGGCACAUUUGAGCUGCCAAGCAGGACCUCUUUGCAGGAGGCUGGUUUGGUUGAGAUGACCCCCAUUUGCUGAUCCUUAAGUGGACUAUUUAUGCAGCCUAAGGCUUUUUAAAAACGAAUUCUAUCUUCUAGAAAUAAGCUAUAAAGAGACUUUGGCAGGAAUGCACCUGAGGUAGAUACACAGCUGGCUACAAUGAACUGACCAACACUCAAAGAUGGCCGACAGCCGGUCAGCAUGAGAUUUACUGAUGUGUCACACAGGUUUGAUUCCACGCGGAUGAUUUGGGGGUGGGAUGUGAUCAAAAGGCUGUUAAUGGGAAGUUAAAUUUAACCUUGAGAGAUGGGCUGGCCUGUAGAGGAGUAGCCCAGUCCUAAAGAUCUGUUUUAGAUGAAUUACUGUGGGAAAUGAAUGCUCUCCCUGCUCCUAUUAGCAUUUUGACUUGCGUAAGCAGGCUUGGCUUGCCGUACAUAUUAUUUAUUUUGUAGAUAUUAUGAUCAUUCUCUUUGUCAGAAUUAGGAUGACCUUGUUACUGGAGCAUCUCACUUGAACCAUGUGUUGCCCACCAGUUGAACUCACUUCUUGUUUCAUCCAACUGUGAACUUGAAUCGAAUUUGGUUUGUUCUAUAGAUGCAGAAAAAUAUGGUGGUGGAGUCCUAAAAUGGCAGGAGGAACUCGGUAGCUUCAGGGAAAAGGAAACGGCACUUUUGAAUAAAACCCCAUUUUCAAAAAAUGAAAUGGAAGUAGAAAAGUAGUAGAGCAGGAAAUGAGAUGAGCAGUCUCCUUUAUAUACAACUUUUCUUCUUGCAGGAAGUGUACAUUUUUAAUACAGGGUCGUUUUAACCCCAAAAUUGGAAUUCUUCCUCUUGUGCUACUUUUAUUUUUUGUAUGGAGGUUUUCUGAUGUAUUCAAAAACGUGUAUUUCACCCAUCAGCAGUUUGAAGGAGGUACAGUUCAUUUGACCUGGACUCUACAAGGUAAUAGAAUUCUGAGCUGUUCUUUUCUAAACUGAAGGUGGGAUGGAUAUUUUGAAUGCUCCCCCAUACGAAAAAGAAAAAAGAUGCUUCUCUGCGUAUAGAAAAUAGCACACCAGGGAAGGAGUUGCACUGUGCCUCACUCUUGUGAAGCUGGUGGCUUUAUUGCAUGCUGUGUGGUUCCUCCCCACCUGCAUGUGGUACAUUUCAGAAUUUCCCCACCAUGUUCCGUGUAACAGCAGCCUCCUCUGCAUGCCGCAGUAAGAGGUCUGAUAACGCUACAAGCAUAUGGUUGCAGUUCUAAGAAUACAUUCCUAAGAGUUAAGCCUCACUGAAUAAAACUGGAAUUACUUCCAAGUAAACCUG